AUGUCAGAAAUAAAUAAUGAUUCAAAUAUUUUAGUAAACCUAUCACAUUUCUUAUUAAAGAAAAUAAUUGAUUAUGUAGAGGAUAACAUUGAUAUAAUUUGUUUUAGUUUAGUAUGCAAACGAUGGUUCAAUGAAAGAGAUAAAUAUCUAUCAUUCAACACUAAUCAGUUCUAUGUUACAGCUAUUAAUAAUACUGAUAUUCAACAGAAUCAUCUUCAUUUCAACUUGCCAUCGUAUGAUAGUAUCUAUUAUAAAUCAAUUCAAUCAAAAAGAGAUUGUGAACUAAACAUUGAUAAUGUUUACUAUUUUACAUCGACUUUAUCUGAUUUUCUAUUUGAAUAUAAGGAAAUAAGAGAAAUUAAAACUAUACCAAACUAUAUCACAAAGAUUACAUUGGGUUCGAACGAAUUCCGUUCAUUGGACGAUUAUGAGUAUUUCUAUAGAGUGCUAUCAGAGUGUGACUCUGUCAUAGUUCUAAAUGGAUGUAGUACUUUGAAAUUUGGUUUACCAAAAUCAAUUGAAACGAUUGCAUUUAAUUCGCACUUUAAUGAAGAACUCGAGAAAGGAAGUCUACCUGAAAGUUUGACCGAUAUCGAUUUUGGUUUUGGUUUCAAUCAGCCAAUUGGUCUUGGUGUUCUACCGGAUCGAUUGAAAAAGCUUUCGUUCGAUGGCCACUAUAAAAAUAUGAUCUUGCAACCAGGAGUACUCCCGUCAUCACUCAGAGUGCUCGAUCUCUCAGCGUAUAAUGAACCACUCCUAUCGGGAUCACUACCAUCGAAUCUUAAAAAGUUAAUCUAUUCAGGCUAUAGAAUUGCGUUGGAGGAGAAUACUUUACCGCAGUCACUGAGAGUGUUGGUCAAUGUUCCAGAGAUCUGGGUUCAACGAGUACCACUUCCAAAUCUUGAGGAGCUGACCAUUUCCAAUGACUUUGGAGAGCUUUUCCCACCAGCCACUCAAUACCACUUGGAAAAGUUUUCAUAUGCUCUAAAUACACCGAUUCCAUCCAAUAUUAGAAUCGAUCGACUGGAAAUCGAUGGAAGUUUACUACAGCCUAUAAGUUCUCUACCCGCUGAAUUGGAAUCAUUUUCUUUGCAAGUGUCAACCUUUGGUUCAUCUUGUCGCGUCAAUUGUCCUCUUCCUCCAUCCCUCAAAGAAUUGAAUGUUUCCUUUGAUCUUAUGAUGCUGUCUCCACAUGAAAAGCCAAAAUCAAUUGAAACACUUCAUCUAGGUGCUCAAAACCUCAAUAGAUACCUAUCGAGGGUUCCAACUUCAGUCAAAACACUAACUUUUUCAAACCUAACUAAAAUUGAUAGCAUUCCAAAGAACAUUAAAAACGUCACCAAUUUCAUCUAUCAAAGUCAAAGAUUUAGUUACGACCGAUUUACAAUUAGAAAGUUGGAUGAUAACUACUAUUUAAUAAUAGGUACAUAUCAAAAUAAUUUAAUCGCCAAAAUCGUUAAUCAAUCAAAAUUGGUACAAUAUUUUAAUCCAUUAGAGGAUAAGCUAUCACUCCACAGAUUCAUUUCAGAUGCUGAAUUUUGA